AACAAAUAAGGCUUUAUUGUUGGGGUUACGAGGAUAUGUAUCAAUGCGCUUCUUCGCUGGCUAUAUUUAUCCCGGUAAAUUUAUCUGAUGGGCUCAUGCCGGGGAAAGGAAAUAUGUAUACUUUUAAAACGAUUUGUCUAUCCGGGAACCGGAAGAACAAGAAACCCAAAAAAAAAGAAAGACGAUAUCCAGUUGCGAAUAAAUGGACUGGGGAGCCCAGCCAUUAGCGGAAAAGCUUGGAAACUUUUUUGGAGCAUGGACAUUCCACAUGCGAUUCGGACGCCCUGGUGGCGGACCCUUCAGCAGAAGAUACCAACCAAAGAACGAUUACAUAACAUUUUUCCCGGCGAACAUAGCACAACGUGCACAAUAUGCCAAAAGGAAAAUGAAUCUUACAAGCACUUCUGGGUAGAAUGUGAAAAAAAAAAUGGAAAUUCUGGAUGAGAAGGAUGAAUUUUAACAAAAGUGCCGCUUGAGAUACGGUUGAAAGACAAAAUUUGGAGUUUGAUUUGCUUACAACAGAUUAAUCUGCAAGAUGAACAGAUUUUGAAGGAAAUGGGACGAGUCAUGCUCGCCAUUUGGAUAACUCACUGGAAUUGCA